GGACCAGGGCGCAAAAGGCAGGGAACGAAGUAAACCCAGUUUCAUAUCUUUACUCCCUCUGACCGUUGCCCACCUUCCUUCCUUCUUCGUUUCCUCGUCGCCGCCGUCGACUCUUCCUCCUCCACCACCACCGUCGCCUCCACCCCCGCCACCUCCUCGUCCUACUCCCGGCUUACCCCGAGGGAUGGAGAACGGGGGAAUCGAGGAGGCGGACGACGCGCUGCCGGUGCCCGCGCCGCCGAACGGGCGGUGGUACCGACCGGUCGGGUCGAGCGACCGUGCCGUUGUCCAGAUGACCUCCAUGGAGCCGGGAUCCUCCUCCUCCUCCGGCAUCGCUGCCGCCGUGACACCCCAGCCGCCGAGGAACCUUAAGCCUGGUGCUAAUCUAACUGUUGAUCCAAGCACGCGAGAAGGUUCUCCUGAUGAUCAAGCUACAUCCAGUGGAUCUCAAGGGGAUUCAAAGCUAGAGCUCUUCGGUUUUGACUCUCUUGUAAAUAUUUUGGGCCUCAGAAGCAUGACAGGAGAACAGAUUCAGGCCCCUUCAAGUCCUAGGGAUGGUGAGGAUGUAGCAAUUACCAUUGGACGUCCGAAGGAAACUGGACCUAAGUUUGGUACCAUGAUGGGUGUCUUCGUUCCAUGCUUGCAGAAUAUCUUGGGAAUCAUUUAUUAUAUCCGUUUUACCUGGAUUGUAGGUAUGGCAGGUGUCUGGCAGUCGCUUAUGUUAGUUUCGUUCUGUGGUGCAUGCACAUUUUUAACUUCAAUAUCAUUAAGUGCCAUUGCAACAAAUGGAGCAAUGAAGGGUGGUGGGCCAUAUUAUCUUAUAGGUCGUGCACUUGGUCCUGAAGUUGGAGUUAGUAUCGGAUUAUGCUUCUUCCUUGGGAAUGCAGUUGCUGGAGCCAUGUAUGUGCUAGGGGCUGUAGAAACCUUUCUGGAUGCUGUUCCUUCUGCUGGCUUUUUUCAAGAGAGUGUAACAGUAGUCAACAAUACAUUACUAAAUGGCACAGCAACAGCUGGCACAGCAACUAUAUCAACACCAAGCUUGCAUGACCUUCAAGUGUAUGGUGUUAUUGUGACCAUACUGCUCUGUUUUAUUGUGUUUGGUGGUGUGAAAAUCAUCAACAAGGUUGCACCUGCUUUCUUAAUACCAGUUCUUUUCUCGCUAUUGUGCAUUUAUCUCGGUGUCUUCAUUGCACCAAGGCAUAAUGCUCCAAAGGGAAUCACUGGGUUGAGUAUAACAACAGUUAGAGACAAUUGGGGUUCAGAAUAUCAACGUACGAACAAUGCUGGAGUUCCUGAUCCAAAUGGGUCCAUAUACUGGGAUUUCAAUGCUUUGGUAGGUCUCUUUUUCCCAGCAGUCACUGGAAUUAUGGCUGGCUCAAACCGAUCUGCUUCACUGAAAGAUACACAACGUUCAAUACCGAUUGGAACGUUAUAUGCGACUCUUACUACAACUGCUAUGUACCUGUGUUCGGUUCUUCUAUUUGGAGCCUUGGCCACAAGGGAGGAGCUUCUAACCGAUAGGCUUCUUACUGCUACAGUGGCAUGGCCAGCUCCAGCUGUGAUUUACAUUGGUAUUAUCCUAUCCACUUUAGGUGCAGCACUGCAGAGUUUGACAGGGGCACCAAGGUUACUUGCAGCAAUAGCAAACGACGACAUUCUUCCGGUUCUUAAUUACUUUAAAGUUUCUGAGGGGGCUGAGCCUCAUGCAGCCACUUUAUUCACCGCAUUCAUCUGCAUUGCUUGUGUGGUUAUUGGAAACUUGGAUUUGAUUACACCAACUAUCACGAUGUUUUUCCUUCUAUGCUAUGCUGGUGUUAAUCUGUCAUGCUUUCUGCUUGACCUCCUUGAUGCUCCUAGUUGGCGCCCUCGAUGGAAAUUUCACCAUUGGAGCCUUUCACUUGUUGGUGCAUUGCUUUGUGUUGUGAUCAUGUUUUUGAUCUCUUGGUCUUUCACUGUUGUCUCUCUUGCCCUUGCAAGCCUCAUCUAUUAUUAUGUGAGCAUAAAAGGGAAGGCUGGAGACUGGGGAGAUGGGUUCAAGAGUGCAUACUUUCAGUUAGCGCUCCGAAGUCUCAGAUCUUUAGGAGCAAACCAAGUUCAUCCUAAGAAUUGGUACCCCAUUCCUCUGAUAUUCUGCCGUCCGUGGGGAAAACUUCCGGAAAAUGUUCCUUGUCAUCCAAAACUUGCAGACUUUGCCAAUUGUAUGAAGAAGAAGGGACGUGGUAUGUCGAUUUUUGUCUCGAUAAUUGAUGGUGAUUAUCAUGAACUGGCUGAGGAUGCGAAGACUGCAUGCCAUCAGCUGGAUGCUUACAUUGACUACAAACGCUGUGAGGGUGUUGCAGAGAUCAUUGUAGCCCCCUCUAUGUCUGAUGGCUUUCGUAGCAUUGUUCAGACAAUGGGCCUAGGAAACUUGAAGCCGAACAUUGUUGUUAUGCGGUACCCUGAGAUCUGGCGACGUGAGAAUUUGACAGAGAUACCGUCAACAUUUGUGAGCAUAAUAAAUGAUUGCAUUAUUGCUAACAAGGCAGUAGUCAUUGUGAAGGGGCUCGAUGAGUGGCCUAAUGAGUACCAGAGACAGUAUGGGACUAUUGACCUCUACUGGAUUGUUAGAGAUGGAGGAUUGAUGCUGCUUCUGUCUCAGCUCCUGCUCACAAAAGAGAGCUUCGAAAGCUGUAAGAUCCAAGUCUUCUGCAUAUCUGAAGAGGACACUGAUGCUGAGGAGCUGAAGGCUGAUGUCAAAAAGUUCUUGUAUGACCUUAGGAUGCAAGCUGAGGUCAUCGUUGUGACUAUGAAAUCAUGGGAAUCACACAUGGAGAACAGCAGCAGUGGUGCUCAGCAGGAUGGCUCCCACGAGGCAUUUACAAGUGCACAGCAAAGGAUCAGGACAUACCUUGCUGAGAUGAAGGAAACCGCACAAAGAGAAAGACUGCCACUAAUGGAGGAUGGGAGGCAAGUAGUUGUGAAUGAACAGAAGGUUGACAAAUUCCUGUACACAAUGUUGAAGUUGAACUCCAUGAUACUCAGGUACUCCAGAAUGGCGGCUGUGGUGCUUGUGAGCCUCCCCCCGCCACCACUGAAUCAUCCUUCGUAUUUCUACAUGGAAUACAUGGAUUUGCUUGUAGAGAAUGUCCCACGCAUGUUAAUAGUUAGGGGAUACACAAGAGAUGUUGUCACUUUUUUCACAUGAUUAGAUACACAUUUGGAGAUUCGAGCGCGGUUUGGUUGUUGUACUAUCUUAGCAGACUGGAUACACAGGUUCAGUGCAGAUGUCAGAUGUGCAGGGCCGUUGUUCGUGAACCGCGGUAUCUUCAUUCUGGAUUCAGAAUUGAUUCUUCAUACGUAAAAACUUUCCAUCUAUUAACAUACUUACAUGCUGUCUCGGAGAUAGAAAUGCAACCCUUACUUUUGUCACUGAAACUUUUGUAUUGAUAUUUUCUUUGCAUCACUUGUAUACGUCUGUGAGACUGUUGUACCAGUUGAUGAAAUGAGCUAUGCUGCGAAAGAGGUAGCCAUGAUCAUAGCUGUGCAAAAGAAAUUUGCCUUGGUGUUUUUGUCUCGAAUAUUUGGUGUUAAUGGUACUAGAUUUCUGUCCA